CGAUCAUUCGCAUUGGGAAGAGGACUGUGUACGGACCGCCAUUCACGACGUGCUCCUCUAGCAGAAGAUAUUUGGCUUUGGCCAUGCGCUCCCAUCAAAAAAGAUGUGUCGGACAUUAUUUCGUCACCAUUUUUUUAAUUUUAGGAUUGCUUAGUUCAGCUUUUAGUCAAAUCAGCAUAAAGGAUAAAAGGCAAUUGGUAAACUCCUGUAUUGAUGGCAAUAAUCACAAACGAGAGCCUGGACCGGAAGAUUCUUUACACGAACAGUGUUCACCAUGGAAAAACAAUUCAUGCUGUACUGGAGACACCACAAUGAAGGCUCAUGGUCAUGGAGGUGAAAUGUAUGGCUUCAAUUACAACCACUGCCCCAAUCACAAAAUGUCAAACAAAUGCCUUGAACAUUUUGUGCAAGAUCUGUGUUUCUAUGAAUGUUCACCAAAUGUAGGCCCAUGGGUUCAGAUGGUAUCAAGCAUGAAAAUGCGACGAGAAAGAUUUUUAGACGUGCCUCUCUGUGCCACCGACUGUGAUGAUUGGUUUAAAGCUUGCAAGGAUGAUUUAACUUGUACAGACAACUGGACGUUGAACUUCGAAUGGAUUAAUGGGACCAAUCGUUGCCGACCUGAAUCAGAAUGUCGCACGUUCUCUGAAAUCUUUCAAAAUUCUUCUAAUUUCUGUGAACGGGUUUGGGAUCAUUCCUGGAAGUAUACCGAUAAUUCUGAACCCUGCAUGCGUAUCUGGUUUGACGGUAGUCAAGGCAACCCAAAUGAAAACGUAGCACGCUGGAAAAUUCAACAGAGUAACAGGGCUGUAGGUUACGAAGUUUCUUCAGUUCAGUCACUUUUGUACAUCCUUCCUGCCUUGCUGUUGUCUAUUAACUAGGGUAGAGAAAUUGCAUUCUCAUUUUGUUAAAAAAAACAUGUAUUAAAUAAUUGUUCAUAACACAA